GGAUUCUCAAAGAAAACGCAGGAAAGAUGCUGUCAGUGAAGAGGUUCAGAAUCUCAUCGGAGGUUUUUUUCAAAGAGCAGAUGUGUCAACAAAUCUCCCGAUAGCAAAACGGAUAAAGAAAGAUAAUGUGGAAAGAAAAGUAAUAGACAAGCCUAUCACAUCUUUGUUUACAGAUUUUAAGGAAAAACACCCAGAUGUUUCCGUCAGUAUGUCAACAUUCUAAAGAAACAAGCCAAGAAAUGUAGAGUCAACCAGGAAACAACACUGGGAGGGCUGUUUGUGUGAUAUAUGUUCUAAUGUGGAUCUGAAAUUAAAAGCAUUAAAUCAAUUGGCAACGAGAAAAGGAUGUGAAAUCAAGGUAAAGGACAAGUUCGAUUUGGUAAAGAUAACAAUGUGUCAGAAAGAAGGACGCUACCAUCAACUGCAGUGUAUCCUGAGAAAUUAUGUAGAGUGUGGUGUCGACAACAUCAUAUCUCAUUACCAGCCUCUUGCUUUACAGUGCCAGGCGGAUUUGGUGUCAUUCACCAAAUGGGAAAGGGUAAAGAGAAAUGUCAAAGGGAAGGAAGUUGUACGGAUGAUGGAAGUGACCAAGAGCGAAAGUUGUACCCAAGUUGUAAUACAAUUGUCUCAAGAAUUGGAGUCAUUGGCAGAACAUCUAUUCAUUGCAUCAUGGCAGCAAGAACAAUUUUCUAAGUUACGGAAGAAUGUUCCCAAAGGUGUCGUCGUACUAAACAUGGAUUUUGCGGAAAACUUUGUAGAAUGUACAAAAGAAGGAUGUGAGGAAACUGUUGUUGAGUCAUUGAUUUUUGUUUCAGAAGACAAGCAACAUGAUGCUCAUGCUGUCAUGGAAUUUUUUAAACUUACAAAUCAGCAUCUGACAGAACAACGAGGUCUCAUAAUCAACAAGGAGAUCCAAAUGACCGAUGGCUGCUCUGCGAAGUAUAAGUCAAAGACACCAUUCACCGAUUUAUCUUGCAGCAUCCUGGAUUUCAGGUUUCCCACCGAGAGACACUUCUAUGGUUCCCGUCAUGGGAAAGGCCCAUCUGACGGGGCAGGAGCUGUUGUAAAGAGCUUCGUUAGGAGAGGAAUCCUUGGUCAGAAAGUGGUUGUGAACAAUGCACAGGAUUUUUUCAAUUAUGCACUAAAACUUACCAAAGAUGAUGAACAUUCCAAAAGAACGUUAUUUCUUGUAAAUAACAUUGAUCGAAAUAGGCCUGACAGAUCCAAUGUUGGCACAAGGAAAGUGCAAUGCGCAAAAAGUGUCGAGAGGAACAAGAAUGCAACAAGAAAUCUCAGUUGUUUUUGUGAACCUUGCUUGACAGUUGAUACAGUAAAUCCAUGUGAAAACUCUGAGUAUGUUGAGAGAUGGAUAACUCAAGAUCUACAAGGUGUAAGAAGGGGACAUGGAGCCAGGACUAGAGGGGGAAGAUGUGGUGGUGGGGUGAGAACCAGAGGAGGAUGUGGUGGAGUUAGAACCAGAGGAAGGCGUCGCUGUGGUGGAGUUAGGAUUAGAGGAUGUGGUAGAGCUGGUGCUAUCAGGAUGGACAGAGAUUCUGAUACAUCUAGUGAACAGUUCAAUGAGUCUUCGGAUAGCGAUGGAUUAGACAUCUCAGAGGAUGAUGCAGAUACAAAUGGUACUAGUGUAGUUGGCAACAGUUGCUCUGAAUCUGAGGAAAUCUUGGACAUUUCUGGACUCAGUGGAAUAAUGGAGAGUCUUCAGUGUAAAAAGAAAAAGGAUUAUAGUACAACCGAAAAAAGUGAUCGAUUCCUUUCCAUCUCGUACACUACGUACGGAUCACCUGCCCGAUGUGACCUUUUAGUCGUCGAAACGUCACACGCUAAUCUUCGACUGGUUGUGUUAUAA